UUAUAAAUAAAAUGUUCAAACACCCACACUAGAAAAAAUCGUAUCUUUUGUUUGACAACAAAAGUAAAAGAAAUCUUAUAAUUUGUGAAAUUACAAUUUUUGAAAACGUCACAAUUAUGAUAGUGAUAUCAAAUUUUGAGAGUUGAAUAAACUUUCAUUUCAAGUUCGGUUUUUAUAUUGUAAAAACAAAAAUAUUUCUGGAUAGAAAAUAUUUUCAUAUAACUACAAAGAAUGGCUCGAAUGUCUCAUUCUUCCUCAUUGAAAAGUAAUAAAUUCUACACCAGCACCGACAAAGCCGGAUCAUCGUCUUCUUCAACAGGCGAAUUUAAUUUUGGUGACAACAUAAAUCAAUGGAAAAAAUAUCUGGAAGUUGAUGAAUUUGUUGGUGCAAGAAGAUCAAAGCAUACUGUCGUUUCAUACAAAGAUGCAAUUUAUGUAUUUGGAGGUGACAAUGGUAAACAAAUGCUUAAUGAUUUGAUACGAUUUGAUGUGAAGGAAAAAUCAUGGGGAAGAGCAUUUUCAAGUGGAUUGCCACCAGCUCCUCGUUAUCAUCACUCCGCUGUUGUGUAUGAGAAAAGCAUGUUCAUCUUUGGUGGCUACACGGGAGAUAUUUUCUCAAACUCAAAUCUGACAAACAAGAACGAUUUAUUCGAGUAUAAAUUUCAAAAUGGUCAAUGGAUUGAAUGGAAGUAUGUUGGAACAAAGUUUCCAGUUCCUCGAUCGGCUCAUGGGUCGGCUGUUUACAAUGGACAUUUAUGGAUCUAUGCAGGAUAUGACGGCAAUGUGAGAUUAAAUGACAUGUGGAGAAUUCCCUUAAAUGGAGGCCCUAAAGAGUGGGAAGAAAUUAAGCAGCUUGGUGAAGUACCGCCAACUUGUUGUAAUUUUCCAGUUGCUGUUGCGCGUGGGUGUAUGUAUGUCUUUUCUGGUCAAUCGGGUCUUCAAAUUACUAAUAAUCUGUACGAGUUUAACUUUGAAGACAGAACAUGGCGAAGAAUUUCCAACGAACACAUUCUCAGAGGAGGUUUACCGCCGUCACGGCGCUAUGGACAUACAAUGGUGUCACAUGAUCGUUUUCUUUAUGUAUUUGGAGGUGCUGCUGACUCAACGUUGCCAAAUGACAUUCAUUGUUAUGAUUUGGAUUCCCAUGUUUGGUCAGUGAUUAUACCAGCAGCAGAUUCGCAAUGUCCUUCCGGUAGAUUGUUUCACGCUGCAGCUGUUAUUAAUGAUUCAAUGUAUGUGUUUGGUGGAACAAUUGAGUCAGGUGGAAUGAAUGUUAGGAGUGGUGACAUGUAUAAAUUUCAAUUCUCAUCGUAUCCAAAAUGUACUCUCUCUGAAGAUUAUGGAAAAUUUUUAUUAACCAAACAGUUUUGUGAUGUCGUAUUUAUCGUGAGUUCGAAUGAAACCAAAAUUCCCGCUCAUAUUGCAAUUGUAGCUGCAAGAUCGCAUUAUUUGAAAUCAAAGAUUUUACUUGCUAAGGAAUCGAGAAAAAUUCAUUUUGAAAAGCUUUUUGGCACAACCGAUGUUCAGUUGACAACGGAGCUACCUCAACUUGAAGUUAAACUUCCAAACGUCCAAGCAGAAGCAUUUGAAAUGGUUCUCUAUUACAUUUAUACUGAUAUCAUCGACUUUAAAGAUCCUUUUAACAAAAAGAUUGUUUCACUUAUGAUGGACGUUUAUCUGCUUGCACAACAGUUCAACAUUCCACGUUUGGAGCAAUUAUGUAUGCAAUAUCUUGAAUUUAAAAUUGCUAAAUCAAAUGUUCUUGGAGCUCUCUUCAAUUCUGAUAAGUUGAAUCUUCAAUCUAUAAAAGAUUAUUGUCUGAAUUUCAUUGUUAAAGAAGAUCAUUAUUAUGAUAUUGUAAUGAGUUCUGAUUUUGCGACACUCGAGAAAUCUUUGAUUGUUGAAGUUGUACGAAAGAAGUUGAAUCCUAGCAAGCAGUUAGUUGAUAGCAAGUUAGAUAAGUCUAUUGCGACAACUUUGGAAAGUGACAUGGCUGUCUUCCUUAAAUCAACAGGAAAACAGUUUUGCGAUAUUAAUCUUGUUCUUGACAAUGAUGUCAUUCCAGCACAUAAAGCAAUUCUUGCAGCACGUUGUUCAUACUUUCAAGCAAUGUUUCGAUCAUUUAACCCCGCUGACAACAUUGUUACGAUUCAAAUUGGUGAUGUGAAGCCAAGUAUGGAAUCGUUUUAUUCACUUUUGAGAUACAUUUAUUAUGGAGAGACGAAAAUGCCAACGGAAGACUCCUUGUAUCUAUUUCAAGCUCCCUGCUUCUACGGAUUCACUAACAACAGACUUCAAGCCUUUUGCAAACAUAAUCUUGAGAAUAAUAUAAAUUUUGAGAAUGUUUUACAAAUCCUUGAAGCAUCAGACAAAAUGAAUGUUCCUGAUAUUAAAAAUUAUGCGCUUCAAUUAAUUGUUCAUGAUUUUUCUCUUGUCGCAAGAUUACCAAAAAUGAAACUUUUAAGUCGCGAACUUUUACUUGACAUCAUCAAUUCGAUGGCUGACAUUCUCGGUGAAUCGAGAGUCAAUCAAGAUCUUAUAUCAACAAUUAGCAUUCAUAGUGAUAUUUGAAAAUUAGUUUUUCUCCAACCUAUCCUUAGCAUUCUCAUGGCUUGGGUCAACAGUGAUGACACAAUGAUGAAUGCUUCAAAUAUAAAUUAAUUAAAUGAAUAAAAAAAAUUAUUUUAAUGAUGAUUUUUGUUAAGUUAUGACUGAAAAAAAUGAAAAAAAUCUUUUUUAUCCAAUUUGACAAACUCUUGUGGCAAAGAAUCGAAAGUUGAUGUUUUAAAGAAAUUGUAACAAUGUUAACUAGAAAUCAUAUUUAAUCUUUAUCAAUGUUACUUUUAAUUUUCACCUUAACAAACAUAGAAUGCACAAAACGUAGUUUUCAAUUGAAAUCUAAUAUAAAAUAUCGUUGAAGAACUUUGAAAUUUAAAAAGGAAAUCUAAAAUUACAAUUUAUUGAUGUUGUAGAAACAGAAAUAAAACAGAAUAUGUGAAUUGCA